AUGUCCUUGAUGCCUUUGUUUCUACCCCAUGAAGCCGAUGUCAUAAAAGGAAUCCCACUUAACUCUCGCCUACCUGCAAAUAAGUUGAUAUGGGCAGAGACACCCAAUGUAAAGUUUAUUGUAAGGAGUGCUUAUGGUGUUGCAGUGCGGCUGUCCAAGUCUGACAACAAAGGAAUAAGUUCAGAUAGGAGUCAAUUACGCCUGUUUUGGAAGAGAAUAUGGAACCUACCGUUGCCACACAAAGUCCGUCAUUUUGCAUGGCGGGCAUGCAGAGACAUUCUUCCUACCAAGGUCAAUCUCAUGCGUCGAAAUGUGGUAAAAGAUCCGUUUUGUGAUGAGUGUAAGAUGGAGGUUAAGUCGACUGGCCAUUUGUUUUGGUCGUGCCCAAGAGCCCGUGAGGUUUGGUCUUGUUCCAAAGUAGUGGUGAAGCCGUGCCAUGCAAGAGUGCAUUCAUUCCAAGACUUGUUGUGGGACAUGGUAGUUGGGGAAAGUUUUGAUGUGGACGUGUCUGCAAAGGUAGUUUGCAUGGCAUGGGCUAUUUGGCACAACAAGAAUGAAACCUGUAACGGAGGGAAGAGAAGAAAUGGCAAGGAGAUAGUGAGUUGGGUUUCCCAAUACUUGGAGGAAUAUAAGGCAGCCAACGAGUGCCUGGGUCCAACAACAGUGUCGCAUGUGGGUAGCGACACGUGGAACCCACCACCAGUACACGGUUUCAAAGUGAACGUUGACGGGGCAGUUUUCAAGGGUCAAAAAUCAGCGGGUGUUGGUGUGAUUAUCCGGGAUGAUAAAGGCCGGCUUGAGGCUGCUCUGAGUAAGAAGAUAAAUGCUCCUCUAGGUGCGAUUGAGGCAGAGGCUAUGGCUUAUGAAACAGGGCUCAUGUUUGCAAAGGACAUAGGCAUUCAAAACUUUAUUAUUGAAGGUGACUCACUCGUUAUCCACCAGGCCUUAUGCGGAGUUUCAACUCCACCUUCAUCUAUAGCUGCAACGGUACAAGGGAUGCAAGAAAUUUGUAGGGAAUUUCUUGGGGUUGAGUUUUCUCAUGUUAGGCAACAGGGUAAUAGACCGGCCCACCAACUAGCGAAACAUGCUUCUGAUGUUGCUGAUUUCACUGCUUGGAUUGAACAGAAUCCUUGCUUCUUAGAGCAGGCUCUUAUCCAUGAUGUACUAAGUUCAUUUUCCUCUUAA